AUGAGACUAUAAUUUUACCAUUAACAGAAUUUGCAGAGAAGCACAAAAACCCGACACGGACUUUUCAGGACGGAUGCAGGAAAAGUGUCAGCACCUUGUUAAGGGUGUUGACACCUUGCAGCUCAUGCUACACAUCUUUCAGCUCAUGCUCAACCUCUGCCCCUCGUGUUCAAGUUCUACACUUCGUGCUUGGCCUCUUCAGCUCAUGGCUGACCUCGACAGUAAGUGUUUGAGCUUUGCAGCUCGUGCUCAAGUUCUGCACUUCAUGCUCGACCUCAGCAGUGUGUGUUUGAGCUCUACAGCUCGUGCUCAUGCUCAAGUUCUAAACUUCAUGCUUGACCUCGACAGUAACUCGUGCUCAAGUUCUGCACUUCGUGCUCGACCUUUGCAGCUCAUGGUUGACCUCAGCAACUCGUGUUUGAACUCUGCAGCUCAUGCAUCCUGCACCUCAGACUUGUGCAUUUCCCAACUCGUGAUUCAGCAAUUAUCAUCUCAGACUUUUACAGUUCGCAGUUCGUACUCAAGCAAGAUGCUUGCAGCUCGUGCUCCAGCAUUUCGCAGCUCAUGCUCAAGCAAGAUGCUUGCAGCUCCUCAUUGUCGAGCUUGAGUAAUGGAGCUUAGCCAUAGUCAGCUCGGCCAUAGCCGCUUAGUCUUCUUCUGUUAGUGGAACCAUAGGCUCUUGUUUCCUAGCAACUGAUUGGAUUCUUACUUAAGUGACUUUAGGCUACGAAAUAAAGGAUGACAAUAUUG